GCCUUCUCGCACUGAGCGGAAGCGCAGCGGCUCCAGCUGUUAUUGUUGACAGACGGAGCUUCGUGGGGAAAAUGGCGGUGUCCCGUCGAUCCUCACAGCACCAACAAAGCAGCUUGCAGCCGUCUCCGCGGAACGCUGUGAUCGCAUCCCCCCCACCCGAAUCGCCGUCCGCGAUUAUUCCCGAAUCGACGAGUUUAUUGAGCCCUUCGGCCACUGGUGCAGCGGAAUGCGGCGGAGCGACGAUGGAGUCCGCAGCGGCCUCCUCCUCCUCCUCCUCCUCCGCCUCCGCCUCUUCCCCAGACCGGCCCGCCUCAGCAGCAGCAGCGGCCGCCGCAGCCUCGUCAGCCCUCGGCAGCUCCAGCUGCAGCAGCAUUAGUUCCAGCGCGACCGCAGGCAGCCAGAGCCCCGGCUCAGGAGCGGACAGUCCCGGGGACGGAGUGUGCGGGGCCGGCGGGGCGUUCAGAGAGCUAUUCGAGGCCUGUCGGAACGGAGAUGUGUCGCGGGUGAAGAGGCUGGUAGACUCGGUGAAUGUGAACGCCAAAGACAUGGCCGGACGAAAAUCAACCCCUCUGCAUUUCGCUGCAGGCUUUGGCAGAAAGGACGUGGUGGAGCAUCUCCUGCAGACCGGAGCAAACGUCCAUUCCCGUGACGAUGGCGGUCUGAUCCCGCUUCAUAACGCCUGCUCGUUCGGGCACGCGGAGGUGGUCAGUCUGCUGCUGUGUAGCGGUGCUGACCCCAACGCACGAGACAACUGGAACUACACACCUCUGCACGAGGCCGCCAUCAAGGGCAAAAUAGACGUGUGCAUUGUGUUGCUCCAGCACGGCGCUGAUCCGAAUAUCAGAAACACUGACGGCAAAUCAGCUCUGGACCUGGCAGACCCUUCUGCUAAGACCGUCCUCACCGGUGAAUAUAAGAAGGAUGAACUGUUGGAGGCGGCGAGGAGCGGAAAUGAGGAAAAGUUGAUGGCACUUUUGACCCCACUUAAUGUCAACUGUCAUGCCAGCGAUGGACGCAAGUCAACAUCUCAAAAAAUGCUGUCCACUCCUCUUCACCUUGCCGCUGGGUAUAAUCGAGUGCCUAUAGUGCAGCUGCUGCUGCAGUACGGUGCUGAUGUCCAUGCCAAAGAUAAAGGUGGUCUAGUUCCUCUGCAUAAUGCCUGCUCUUAUGGUCACUACGAGGUCACAGAGCUUCUGUUGAAGCACGGGGCGUGCGUUAACGCCAUGGACCUGUGGCAGUUCACACCGCUGCACGAGGCGGCCAGUAAGAAUCGAGUGGAGGUGUGUUCACUGCUGCUGAGUCACGGCGCUGAUCCCACACUGCUCAACUGCCACGGCAAGAGCGCGGUGGAUGUGGCGCCCACACCUGAACUUAAAGAGAGACUCACCUAUGAGUUCAAAGGGCACACGCUUUUGCAGGCGUCCCGUGAGGCGGACAUGGCAAAAGUCAAGAAAACCGCUCAAGAGAUCAUCAGCUUCAAACACCCUCACUCGCACGACUCUGCUCUGCACUGCGCCGUAGCCUCUCCUCAUCCCAAACGCAAACAGGUCACAGAGCUGCUGCUGCGGAAAGGCGCCAACAUUCAUGAGAAGAACAAAGAUUUUAUGACUCCGUUCCAUGUAGCGUCUGAACGAGGUCAUAAUGAUGUGCUUGAAGUCCUUCAGAAACACGGAGCAAAGGUGAAUGCUGUGGACACACUGGGACAGACAGCCCUGCACAGGGCGGCCCUCGCCGGUCACAUCCAGACUUGCAGACUAUUGCUAAGUUACGGUGCUGACCCAUCAAUCAUUUCACUGCAGGGCUUCACUGCGUCACAGAUGGGCAAUGAAGCCAUACAGCAAAUAGUCAAUGAGAGCAUUCCUCCUCGUAAUUCAGACGUGGAUUACCGCUUUCUCGAGUCUGCUAAAGCCGGUGACCUUGACACAAUCAAGCAACUGUGCUCCCCUCAGAACGUGAACUGUCGUGAUCUGGAGGGCCGUCACUCCACCCCGCUGCAUUUUGCUGCAGGGUACAACCGUGUGGCCGUCGUGGAAUACCUGUUGCAUCAUGGGGCCGACGUGCACGCUAAAGAUAAAGGUGGUCUGGUUCCUUUGCACAACGCGUGUUCAUACGGUCACUACGAGGUGACAGAGUUGCUGGUGAGACAUGGAGCGUCUGUGAACGUGGCGGACCUUUGGAAGUUCACACCACUACAUGAGGCUGCAGCCAAGGGCAAAUAUGAGAUCUGCAAACUACUGCUCAAGCAUGUGGAUAUCGCCGCCCUCCUGAUCAAGUUUAACACAUGCGUGAAUGCGACAGAUAAGUGGGCGUUCACACCGCUGCAUGAAGCUGCGCAGAAGGGCCGCACACAGUUGUGUGCACUGCUGCUGGCACACGGUGCUGACCCCACCAUGAAGAACCAGGAGGGACAGACGGCUCUGGACCUGGCCACGGCUGAUGACAUCCGUGCGCUGCUGAUGGACGCGAUGCCCCCUGAUGCCCUGCCCAGCUGUUUCAAACCACAGGCCACCGUGCUCAGCGCCGCUCUCAUAUCACCCGCCUCCACACCCUCCUGCCUCUCCGCUGCCUCCAGCAUCGAUAACCUGGCAGGGCCCCUCUGCGACGGGGCCAGUGGAGGGGCUACGGGACCUGCUGAUGGGGCCUCCGGAACUGAGUGCAAGGAAGGAGAUGCUGUCCUGGAUAUGAACAUUUCACAAUUCCUGAAGAGUCUGGGGCUUGAACAUUUGAGGGACAUCUUCGAGAGAGAACAGAUCACUCUGGACGUGUUGGCCGAUAUGGGUCACGAGGAACUCAAGGAGAUCGGCAUCAAUGCUUACGGACACCGUCACAAGCUCAUCAAAGGCAUCGAGAGGCUGCUGGGAGGACAGCAAGGUGCCAACCCAUACCUGACGUUCCACUGCACCAAUCAGGGCACAGUUUUGAUCGACCUGGCUGUGGAUGAUAAAGAGUUUCAGUCUGUUGAGGAAGAGAUGCAAAGCACAGUUCGAGAGCACAGGGACGGAGGAAACGCAGGUGGCGUUUUCAGUCGAUACAAUAUUCUCAAGAUCCAGAAGGUGGUGAAUAAGAAACUGAGAGAGCGAUACACACACAGGCAGAAAGAGAUCGGAGAUGAGAAUCACAACCACCACAAUGAACGAAUGCUGUUUCAUGGAUCUCCGUUCAUAAAUGCCAUCAUCCAUAAAGGAUUUGAUGAGCGUCAUGCAUAUAUCGGUGGCAUGUUUGGAGCUGGCAUAUAUUUUGCAGAGAAUUCCUCUAAGAGUAACCAGUAUGUCUAUGGCAUCGGAGGCGGCACUGGCUGCCCCACUCACAAAGACCGGUCCUGUUACCUGUGCCACAGGCAAAUGUUGUUCUGCCGUGUGACACUGGGAAAGUCCUUCCUGCAGUUCAGCGCCAUGAAGAUGGCCCACGCUCCCCCUGGACAUCAUUCUGUGAUCGGCCGUCCCAGUGUCAACGGCCUGGCCUACGCCGAGUACGUGAUCUACCGCGGAGAACAGGCCUACCCAGAGUAUCUCAUCAACUAUCAGAUAGUGAAGCCGGAAAGCACGCCUCAGUCCUCCACAGAAGCAGAGCAGAAAUCAUAGUCAGACACUGCGUUUCUACAUUGACUCACUCACUCACUCAUUGUUUCUCACUCUCUUGUUGCACAAUGGAAAUGUGAACUUUCCCAUGUACCCACGUCUUGGAAUUCCCAUGUAUGAAUUAUGAAUUUGCACUUUUAAAAACAAGUUACUUAAGUUAUUUGAAAAUAGUUGCAAUUGUGAAGUCUAAUGUACAGGUAGUAUAAAGAAAACAUGUAAAACUGACUGUGUUUAAUGAUGCUAUUUGAGUUGUAUUUUAAUGGAACUUUUUCGUUUUGUUUUGAGUCUGUUCAUUUCUUUUAAAUAAAUCUCAUCAGAACAGGA